AUGAGACGAGUUGUCGGGUCGUUUGUCAAAGUCGGUCUGGAUGCUGGCGAACGUUUUGACGGCUUGGAAUCGCGCAAUCCUAUGUGCGAUGACCCGUCGGUGGAAGCACAGAAAGAUUUUGAGCAGUCACCGGACAAAUAUUCAGAACGCUGCAGCUCUUGCGGUACCCAACGCAGCUCCACAAGCAUUGGCAUACAGACAGAAGAUAUCACAGAUGAGCUCUACCUAACAAAUGCCUUAAAAAAAUGCAGUUUUGAUGGUGAUUCUAUGCUGGAUGAGCACCCCAAUAAAUAUGACAACAAUUACAGACGGUCCUCCAAUCGUUACGAUAAUAACGAAAACGAGCAUCUUCAGCCCAGUCGGUUCAACAUGAAUGAGUUAAACACAAUGAUACCCUUACCCGACGAUGAUCUGAGAACUGAAGUUGCUUCGGAUGAAGAGGCUCCGCUUAGUGCCCGCAGCCGCUUUACAGUGGCCACAAUGGCGUCAAAUGCUAGCACCACGUCCAUAACAUCGAAGCGCCGCGAGCACAAGCUGGGAUCACGCGACGAAUUGCGUCUUCCGCGCUACCUGGAGAAGGAAAAGCGCGAAAAGGCCGCAGCCAAGGAGCUUGCCGAUGCACGGGAUCCGGACUGUCCACGCGGACAUACUCUGCUCUCGGAGGAGGAUCGUGUUGGCCACUUGAACAGCGCAAAGAAGCGCUAUGAUGGUCUAAUCAGUGAGCUUAAUCACAUGCCCAUGACCGCCCAGACUCUGCGGGUGCGCAACCGCAAGGCGGAAAUCGACAAGGAGCUGGGUAUCGUAGAUGAGGAGAUACGCGUCUACUCCAAGCCCAAGGUAUACAUCAGCUCUAGCAAAUAUCAGUAGCUCUGAUGGCUGUACUCGCAACAUCCCAAAGAAGUCUUUGCAUCAAAUGACUGUUAGUUCGGAACCAUCAAUUGCACAUUCGUUUCUAUA